UCAUCACUGAGUUCUCUGCACUCCAUGUUCAUCACAGCACACAGACACAAAGUUGAAAGCAGUGAUGAUUAUGGCAACAAUUCGUGUGUUUUUUGUGGUUGCAGUGCUUCUAUUCUUCCUUGCACAGGUGUCAUCUGAUUUCAACACUGAGGAAGAGAUGCACUAUAUUGUCAAGGGUGAAGUUGUGAGAGGAACAAACAGGAGGCUCUUGCAAGAAAUUGAUUGUGGAGGGCUGUGCAAGCAGCGGUGUAGCCUACACUCAAGGCCAAAUGUGUGCACAAGGGCAUGUGGAACAUGCUGUGUGAGAUGCAAGUGUGUGCCACCAGGUACCUCUGGCAAUAGAGAGAUGUGUGGCAAGUGCUACACUGAUAUGACUACCCAUGGCAACAAAACCAAGUGCCCUUAAAAGCCCAAUGGCCCAUGACCCAUGACCCAUCUUUCUCUCUUAUCUUUUUACUCUUUUCCUUCUUUUUUUUCUUUCUUUAUGUGAUGCAAUGCAUGUGGUUGUUUGUCAGUCUCUGUUUGGAAUAUCUCUUAUUUUUGUCUGUUGGAUUUUGGGGUUAGAGGUGAGUUGGGUUUUGCAUUGUAUAUAUGAGUUUGUAUGUGUGUAUGCAUGUAUAAAUGCAUGGUACUAGUCUACUUUUAGUGUGGCCCCUUGUUCUUUUCUCA